AUGGAAUACAUGGUACAGAAGCUGGAUGAGCUCAGCCAGCAAGUGGCCACAUUGAGCAAUGCUUCAUUCAUCCCGUCGGGCUCCCAUCAGUCUGCGACUAUCGAACCACCUCCCGUGGAUGAACGGGACCCGGAUACCCGCCCAUCAACAUUUGUAUCUCAGCCUCAAGUCAAAAAUGACUUGAAAAGCUGUGCUGUAGCUUCCAAAGCUGAAUAUGAAGGCGGAACGUCGCUAUCUGCCCACGCCAUUUUUGCAACAAGGUACCUCCAAGACGUGGUUAGCAGCACAAACUCUGUCCAGAUCGCGCAGGAGAUGACCUCAAUUCUUGAUACGCUACAUGGCAUAGUUGACGACCAGAAACAGCAAAGGGAUACCCUUGAAAACCUUUACCCAUAUGCCAAACCAAUACCCCAGGGCUCUAGUAUAAGACAGCUUCCUCUCCCCCCGGUCGAAAUGACUCUUACGUGCUUGCGGAUGGCCAAAGAGCAGCCCAGGAUUCAGCGUUUCUGGCUCAUUGAAUUACUCUCUGUUUCGCAGUUCAACGACUACUUCUUGAGAGUCUACUCACCUGGGCCAGCCACAGAUGCUGAUAUGAUCAUUGUGAACGGAGGCCUUUACUGGCUUUUCUGCGAAUGCGCUAGCCUGUUUGUAGACCCAAAAGUUAAGGAAAACUACAUGUCCCAGGCUAUGCUGUGUCGGGAUAAUCUUGAGACAGUUUUGUCAAAUCUCCCAUUCCAUAUGCCAGUCAACACUGAUGUUGUCUUUGCUAUGAAUGUUGCAGUAAGCAAACGAGCCUUUUCGCCCAUCAUCACCCCACCCCUCCCCCCAUUCUUUACUCCAACAACAUGGAGUUUCAUUACCACAGCAGCACAUCUGUGUCAAACGCUCGGCCUCCAUAGCGCCCACGCUCUAAACACAGACAACUCAGAAACUAAAAACCAAAAGAUUCGCCUAUUCUGGGCCGUGUUUCUCAUGGAAAAAUCGUUGUGCCUACGACUAGGUCGAUCGUCAACUUUUCGAGAUGAAGACAUCACGGCACCACGGCCUUCCCUUGGACAGAGCAUGAACUCGCUGUUGGUGCCUAGGUGGAUUGAUUUAGCAAGAAUCCAGGGAAAGACAUACAACGACAUCUAUAGCCCUAGUGCUCUAAUGCAGUCGGUAGAUACCAGAAUAUCCCGUGCAAGGAGUCUGGUGGCCGAGGUAAAGAAACUUAUGGAUUCCGAAGAUGAGUUUGAGAGAAUUUAUAAUAACGAAAGUCGCCGUGCUAUCGGAGACGAUCUCCACCAGAUUGUUCAGCGUUCAGAUAGGGUUUGCAAUCUAUCUCUACUAUCACUCAUCUAUCGAGCAAUCCCUCCUGAGAAACCAUCGGGAACCGCCUUCUGUGAUGAAUGCAUAGCUACAGCACGGGAAGCCCUCAAAGAGCAUGAAAAAUGUGUUGCUCUCAUUCUCAGUCGCCCUUGGGAUGAAGACUUUCUGGAAAUGUACAUCAACUGGACCCUACUCCAAUUUCCUUUCUUUCCUUUCAUAGUUCUUUUCUGCUACAUAAUCGAGACAUCUGAGCCCGACGACCUGAAAUGUCUCGGCGCGUUUGUCGAGGUACUACAGUCAAUCCGUUCGACAGUAACUUACAAAGUUUCCAGAAACCAGGUCCGCCUUUUCCGAGCCUUAUAUGACGUAGCGAGAAAAUAUGUCGAGGUGAAGGCCAGCACUCCCGGAGUACGAAUGAAUGUACCAAGUAGCAACAGCAUGGGUGUUCAUAUUGCAAAUCCGAAUGCCAUAGGGUCUAGCAUGCUUCUCCAGUCAUCAUCGAUGAACUCGGGCCAGGCUUCUUCUACCAAUGGAGCUCUACACAGUGUGUCAGAGGCUGGUUUGUCUAACCCGUGGGUCAAUAGUGGCCAACAGCUAUUGACGCAAAUGCCUGGGUAUGGCUCCGGUGUGUACGCUCCCGCGCUCGUGCAGACUGGUUUGAAUAGUACUAUGGCAAUGGACUUAACGGGCAUGGAGCUGGGAGACUGGUUCCAUGAGAAUCAUCAGAUGUUCCGGUUGUUGGAUGAUGGACAUCUUUGGUAG